CGCUUGAUGAUGCGCAUGCGCAGUUUAACACUCUUCCAGCAUGGCGCGGAAGCGACUCAUUCCCAAAGUCCCCCAGUUCCUCCUACUGAUAUUUGUAAUUUUUCUGCAUUUACUUGCUUGUCCUUUUACCAAAGUUGAAGAGAGCUUUAACUUGCAAGCCAUACAUGAUAUUCUUUAUCACAGAUUUAAUUUGGAAAAGUAUGAUCAUCAUGAAUUUCCUGGUGUGGUUCCUCGCACCUUCAUUGGGCCAGUGUUUGUCUCUGUGCUCAGCACACCUUUUGCGUUUGUACUCUCCCACUUUGAGGCUCCGAAAUAUUACACACAGAUUAUAGUGCGAGGUGUCCUUGGGAUGUGUGUCUGCCUGACUCUAUGGCACAUGCAGAAACAAGUGUGGAGACACUUCGGAUAUAUGGUCUCGUGCCUUUUCUGUCUUAUCUGUACUUCCCAGUUUCACCUGAUGUUUUACAGCACGAGGACUCUGCCAAACACAUUUGCUCUGCCCAUAGUAUUGCUGGCAUUCACAUCCUGGAUGACCCAAAGGCACGGCAUGUUCAUCCUACUUUCUGCUUUUGUUAUCAUCGUGUUCCGUUCAGAGCUGUGCCUUUUGCUUGGACUCAUGUUGCUGAUGUCACUUCGAUCCAGAAAGCUCAGUAUUAAAAAGCUGCUUUAUUAUGCUGUACCAGCUGGAAUUUUGUCACUCGGUUUUACCAUUUGUGUUGACUCUGUGUUCUGGAAGAAGCUGCUGUGGCCUGAAGGCCAGGUUCUUUGGUACAACACCAUCUUGAACAAAAGCUCCAACUGGGGAACUUCCCCUUUUCUCUGGUACUUCUACUCGGCUGUUCCGCGUGGUCUUGGAGCCACCGUUUUCUUCGUUCCAUUUGGCCUUUUGGACAGACGGAUGCACACGAUGCUGAUACCUGCCGUAGGUUUCAUCCUGUUGUACUCCUUCCUACCACACAAGGAGCUCCGCUUCAUCAUUUACACAUUCCCCAUCUUCAAUGUAGUGGCAGCUCGUGGCUGCUCCUUCAUUUUAAACAAGUACCAGAAGUCAUGGCUGUAUAAAAUUGGGACCAUCGCUGUAAUUGGACACUUGGUGGCAAAUGGUGUAUAUUCAAGCAUCUCUCUCUAUGUUUCACGUCACAACUACCCAGGAGGCAAAGCCAUGCAGGAACUGCACACAUUAGUGCCAGCUAACUCAGAUGUAAACGUGCACAUAGAUGUACUUGCGGCAGAGACUGGUGUCUCACGCUUUCUGGAGAUGAAUAGCAAGUGGAGGUAUGACAAGAGAGAAGAUCUGACACCUACAGACCCACUAAUGAAGAUGUACUCGCAUGUACUGAUUGAGGCAAACACAACCCUGAUAUCACAGCUUAGUGGUUCUCACAAACCUCUUAUCUUCAUACAGGGUUAUGAACGCUUUCUAGUCAAUGUUUCCCGCUUUCCUCCAAUCAGUUUUUCAUUAACUGAUAAGCUUGUGCUUCUCGAGAGGUUGAGCACCAGCUGAUACAGAAGUUCUCACUUAAAAAUAUGACAAUCAGACUUCUUCCUGCAAUAAAAAAACAUAUCAGAACUGUUAUAUUUCUAUAUGAAUCUGAAACCUGACCUCUGACAGUUGUGUAGGCGUUUUCAACUGUGCUGAACUGACACUCCCCAUGCCCUUCUUUCAGUCUCGCACUAGUACCGUUUCCUCUGGUGCUCUCGACUUCAUUUACCUGCUUAAAAAUCUCAGGACCUUUAUGUGAUGUUGAGAUAAAGUAAGAAUGUUUUCCACUGUCCAGUGAUUUUGUAUUUUUUUUAAUUUAGUCAAUCAGAUAAAUGUUCAACAAGGAGCAAAAAUGUAUCAACAAUGUGUUAGAUUUUUGAUUGAAAAAGUAGAUGUGAAAACUUUUUCCAAAGUGGACAUGAGGUGAUUUUAAUAAAACACUGCACUGUU